CUGCUAGAGCCAUUAUUGCACCCCAUGCAGGAUAUACCUAUUGUGGAUCUUGUGCAGCCCAUGCUUACAAACAAGUGGAUCCUAAUAUUACUGCAGGAUUAUGAGCUGAAUGCUACCAGGAUUCUCUUCUGCUGUGGAGAAAGUGACCAGUUCCUGUGGCAGGAGACCCUUAACAUCUAAUCAACAGCCAGGAACUGAGGACUUGAUGAAAUAACAUCAUGAUGACAUGUGAAAGCUUGCAGUAUCAGCUAAAGCUACAAAUGUGCAGGUCCAAGUCUCUGUUGUUGAUGCAACAGCUGGAUAAAAACAGCAUUCGAGAAUGACUUUAAUUUGAAUUUGGUGAAAUCUAAACCGAAAAAUUUUCAUUCUUGGGCCUUCCCAUCACGUGCCCCUUUCCCGAUGUGCACUUUCCAGUGUGGACAUUUAUAGAACACCUCUGUAUGAUCUCCGAAUUGACCAAAAGAUUUAUGGAGAAUUGUGGAAGACUGGAAUGUUUGAGCGUAUGUCCCUACAGACAGAUGAAGAUGAACACAGUAUUGAAAUGCAUUUGCCUUACACUGCUAAAGCCAUGGAAAGCCAUAAGGAUGAGUUUACUAUUAUUCCUGUGUUGGUCGGAGCACUGAGUGAGUCAAAAGAGCAGGAAUUUGGAAAACUCUUCAGUAAAUACCUAGCUGAUCCUAGUAACCUCUUUGUGGUUUCUUCUGACUUUUGCCAUUGGGGUCAGAGGUUCCGUUACAGUUACUAUGAUGAAUCCCAAGGAGAAAUUUAUAGAUCCAUUGAGCACCUAGAUAAAAUGGGUAUGAGCAUUAUAGAGCAGCUAGAUCCUGUAUCUUUUAGCAAUUACUUGAAGAAAUACCAUAAUACAAUAUGUGGAAGACAUCCUAUUGGCGUAUUAUUAAACGCUAUCAACGAGCUCCAGAAGAAUGGAAUGAAUAUGAGCUUUUCAUUUUUGAAUUAUGCUCAGUCAAGCCAGUGUCGAAACUGGCAAGACAGCUCAGUGAGUUAUGCGGCUGGAGCACUUAUGGUCCACUGAACCACUGAAUGCUCAGGGAUGGCACCUGCACACGCUCUGUAUACGGGGUCCCAGCCUAGCCCUUACAAAGAUACAGUCCCUGGUCUUUGGGUAUACUGAAACCUCAAACUAAUAGAACUCUCUUCUUUUCUAGUAGGUGUAGUCCUUCCUUAGUUUCAACUCAUUUAAAAAUGCUUUCUUGUUUAGGACAAUGGAAGGAAGGCUGGUAUUGAAACAUUUUGUGAUUUUUUUUUUUUUUUUUAAAUUUUUUUUAAUUUUUUUUUUAAAUGAUGAUGGCUAUGAAGGCAUGGUGGUAGACAGUCCCUACAAAUACAACAUGUAAAGCAUUUACCAUAUCCUAAAUUUGCACUCUUUGCAGACCUGUGCACAUGUACUCAGCUUUCAGAAUAGUUUUGCAAGUUGUAAAUGGAAAAAGGGGUGGAAGCUUUUUAAUAAAAGAAAAAAAAAAAAGGAAAACAAUGCAUUUAUAAAUGAUCCUGUAUUAGAAUAUAAUAAAACUCCAGUAUAGUCAGUUACUACCCGUGAUGUACAACAGAUAUCUUCUAUUUUAGUUGCUAAUAAAGGGCUACACAAACCAAAA